CUGCACCUCUGCAAACUGGCCAAGUACAACCCACUACGACUGCACCCCAAGGAAAUCCAGUCAAAGCUGGACCAGCGCAGGUGCUUCCACCUGAUUUCAAGUUGCUGAUAACCAUACCUGGUGACAGCAGUGCACAGCGCAGCCCUACCAUCCGGACUAUUGGCAAUUCUCAAGAAAGACUGCGACACGCCCCAACACAAGGGAUUGCCACCGACUCAACUGCCGCUGACUCCAGAAUGGAUAUGAGAAGAGCAACUCGAGCCAAAAGCCGAUACCAUUGUGUUCAUGCUCGCGAUCAUCCAAAUCAACAGCAUAGAUCUGGACCUGCAAGGCAUGGUCCAAUUCGUUUGUUACCAACGAAAAGGGCAGCAUCUGUUCAGCAAAAAGACCAAACGAAGCCGUUAGCCAAACGACGCAGGCCUGAGGUGGAAGUUAAGGAGGAUACAUUCAAAGUUCAGUCGCUGAAUAAAAUUGGUCAUACAAAUUGUUUCACCAAGAAGCCUCUGUCAAUGCCAUCUUCAUUUGCUCAGAGGCAGACAUCAUCAUCUGCUCAAAGGCAGACAUCAUCAUCUGCUCAAAGCCAGACACUACCAUCGUGCCCUCUUCAGUCCAGUGGGGUGUCCGUCAAGGAGCUAAGAGCCAAACGCUUUUCCAAGCAACAGCAGCUCCAGCAGCAGCGUCAGCAGGACACAGAACAAGAACAGAGAAGAGAACCCUGGGCUAAGGUGCACGCCAGCACCAAGCCACUGCCUUUAAAAGCAACCCAAAAGCCUGGUGAUGUUCCAGCGACCCCACCAACGUCGACCGCUGCUGGUCUUCACAUCAAGUCUUUAGAUGAAAUCCGUGCUGAGAAACGCAAGCACCAUGAGACCACUAGUGACAGCACUGUAUCUGCAGCAGGCACCUGUCAAAGGAGACCGGCCGAUAGUCAGACUUCCACUAUUCAAAGGAGACCGGCCGAUUCAACCAGCAAGGAAUCCCCAUCAGUAGUUGUCAGUUCAGCAAGCAAGAGUGUAUGUAGUUCAGUACUGAGUACUGCACCUACCAAGAGUUCCACUCAAGCGGUAACACCUGCUAAGAUAACAAGACUCAGCAGUCAUUCUUCUGCUAAGAAGGAAAGCCCAGCCACUACGAAGGUGUCCCAAAGUGAAGGAAGUGAAGUUCCUUCCACUGCUGAUACUACUACUAUGAAGUCUGAUGCCAAGUCUGAAUUUGAUUGGCUCGAUGACAUCAACCUGCUGGAUGACGAUGCAUUUGAGAAAGCGAUGAAGGAAUUUGUUGGUGACGUAACCUACGUCGACUUGAAUAAGCCAGAUCUUGACGAAACAGUCAACAGCGAAGAUCUACUCCUGGAAGCGGAGCUGAUGAUUUAGACUAAGAGAAAUUUUGUGUAUUGUCAGAAUGCACAGUGUGCUCCUCAUUUGCCAUGCCUACAUCAUGCCCAAUCGCCUUUGGGGAUAUACACCCGGUUUUUUCCCUCUCUACUGCGUCCGUCGGCGCGAGGGUUUUUUCCCGGCUGGCUCGGUCCAGGAAAAUUAACCUGGCGGCCCCAAGUUGUUUUGCAUCAUGCCCUAUUUCAGCUAUCCGCUGGCACACGUAUUUGGGCAUCUUCGGCUAAUGCUUGAUUAUAUUACUCAUAAUGCUUUGAGCGCUGCUCGUUAUAUCAGCAUAAUGUUAUAUCAGCAUAAUGCUAAUUUGAAUGCUCGCUUUUCACUUUCUCGCUGGCUGUGUUGGGCAGAAUCAUGUGCCAACCUUCACUACAUGUAUAUUGCAUUGUCAUUUCAUUCAGUACAAUGCGCACAUAUAAUUAUGGUCAUAUUUUCGACAACGCUGCUCAAACUUGA